AUGUCCAAAAAGCUGCUUGUCAAGUCCUUCAAUCUAGUCCAGCCUCGCCUCAUGUCGACAUCACCCUCGACAAAGCAGAAACUGGUUCCAGUAUCAGAUUUCCGAGCCUUGAUUCCUAUCCGAGAGAUCCACCAGGAGAACUAUUUGGACGACUCCAAUGACGAAAUCUAUGUAGAUAUUUCAAACAAGUUCAUUCACCACGCUGGAAUCUACAAGAAAGAGCCUCAUCUCGCUCACGUUUAUACCCACCGAGAACAAGUGAAAGAAAGGUACAAGUCCAAAAGAGGGCACAUAUUUUGGUACACUGCAGAACUGAAGUUUGAAAUCAGAUGGAAUCAAACGGCUGCCAGGUGGGAACACAGAGUGGAGCGACACCUCAUCGAAGAAGACACACAUCAAAUCCCAGAGCAAUGGGGAGUCAUUGAGCAGUCCUUGUAUUCAGUGAAUGAGUCUGGACAUGAAGGAAACCCUGUUGAAGGUGAAUGGCAAAGCCUUAUCAACGAAGAAGAACAUCAGGAUACAACUAGGAAGAGGGGAUCAUGUCCUGGCAUUUAUGCAACGGCCUGGUCUCACACCGGGUUUUGGAAAGCUUUGGUGGCAGCUGCUAAGAGAGCUCGAGGAGAAGUCACCUAUGAAGAAGUGACAUAUUCAGGCCCGACAUGCCAUAUUAUCUUCAUUGUUGACAGCAGCAAAUCGAUGGCAAAGAAAGACUUGAAGUUGGAUGGUCAAAGUAUGCGCCGCAUCGAUGGGGCCUUUCUAAUGAUGAAGGAGUUCGCGCAGAAUGACCCAGGACACGGAUCUGAUACAUACACCGCAGUUCUAGUAUCAGAGAUGGGAUGCCAGACAAUUUGCAAGCAAUCCCCGGCAGCAAUUCUGGCAGAUUGCCUGGAAUCAGUGGAUGUUGAACCCAAGCACGGAGCUUCCUAUCGGCGGGUCAUCGAUAGCCUGCGCACGCUGUCCGAUGUACGAGAGCGCACACGCGUCAUCUUCUUAUCCGACGCACGUCCAGGAGAUGCCGGUCCCUAUUUGAAGUACUAUUGUGAGUACCUCUCAUGGCUGGGCGCAAACUCACAAGUUCUUCCUUUAGACACAUUGCAAGUGUACACCAUCGGCAUGCAAGGAACCUCAGAUUUUGCAAUUCUUCAGCAAAUGGCCAAUUUGGGAAAUGGCAUGCAUUUGCCAUGCCAGUCAUCAAUUGCGUCUUUGCGUACAGCUUUCGCGACUGUCUCCCGCACCAUAACACAGAGACGCAAGGCCGUGGGGAGUGGUCAAUCAUUUAACGACUUUGCCAAGCCCACUCGCAACAAUCGCAAGGAGCGAAGUCAAUUCUAUGAGCUACCUGGAUUGAUUACCUUCGGCCAUAAGAAUUGCAAGCUCCUUCGUGGCAAGAGCACAGAGUUUGUGUUUGACGGCUCGGAAUUUCUGGAGAAGGUCCAAGAACAUGUCGAGGUAUCAGUCCACAAUCUUCCUUUUGAUCGUGGAGCGAUGAGGCAAGUGUACAUGAUGCGAGCUGAGGGUCAUGAUGAGUUAGUCGGCGUUUGUAAAAUGGGCAGGUGGACUGAUGAGACAUAUGGCAUCAAGGAAGCAAGGCGCGAUGUCAAGAGUCUUGCGCUAGCUUCUUUCUUGGCGCUGGAGUUUUGCACCUUUUGUGACUUGCAGCCUGAGAAGUUUCGCUUCGUCAGAAGCUCAAUUUAUCAAUGUCACUCUGAGGACUCUUGGGGGUUGACUGCAGACCAUGUUUUUGUGGGUGAAGAGCAUUUGAACACGCGCUUCAUCAAGUUCAGCAGCAACGAUGGCUUUGUAAACUACAUAGACCACUCACUCGAGGCACAAGCAUUUGUGCAUUUUACGUAUGAAGCUUGUGGUGAGGAAAUGAUGGUCUCUGAUAUACAAGGAGUUCGAGUUGAUAAUGGUAUAUUGCUCACCGACCCGCAAAUCCUUUCUUCCUGGCAUGGAUUUGGGCCUGGAGAUCUUGGUGCAGGAGGGAUGAGCAGCUGCAUGGAAAGUCAUGAAUGCAAUUAUUUGUGCCAACGCUUCACAAAGAAAUUCAAGGCACAAAGACAAUCUGAGCGAAUGCCUGGAUCAUGGACCACUUUGGUUGAUCCAUGGAAUUUGGCCGAAGGGGCCGAAACAUAUUCCUAA